AUGGCGGUGCACGAUGAUUGUAAGCUCAAAUUUUUGGAGCUAAAGGCAAAGAGGAACUUUAGGUUCAUUAUAUUCAAGAUCGACGAGAGGAUUCAACAAGUGAUUGUAGAGAAGUUGGGCCAACCAGAUGAGAGCUACAAUGACUUCACUUCAUCCUUCCCGGCAGAUGAGUGUCGCUAUGCUGUCUUUGACUUUGAUUUCGUCACAGAUGAGAAUUGUCAAAAGAGCAAGAUCUUCUUCAUAUCUUGGGCACCUGAUUCGUCAAAGGUGAGAAGCAAGAUGUUAUAUGCAAGUUCGAAAGACAGAUUCAAGAGGGAGCUUGAUGGGAUCCAAGUCGAGCUCCAAGCAACCGAUCCAAGUGAGAUGAGCUUCGACAUUGUCAAGAGCCGAGCUAUAUAA